UGACAAAUAUUUCUCCCAACAACAAAAAUGGUUGCCAAUUAUAACUCCGCCACCGCCAUCCUCAGACUCCACCCACAAAAGCUUUAUCACCUCCUUCUUCUCCUCCUAUUAACCCCUUGUGCAACUCCUUUAACCUUCCGCUUCCCCACCUUCCAACAAAGUAACAGAAUAUUUACCGAGGGAGAUGCUGUUAUCGGCAACCAAUAUAUUCACCUGAACAAAGAAAACCUGCGUGCUGAAUCAAGUACUGGGAGUGUGGGUCGAGCAACGUUCUAUGAACCCUUCCUCCUCCGGGAAAAUUCCACCGGGAAACUCGCCGAUUUCACCACAAGUUUCGCAUUCAUCAUUGAUGAGAGAAACAUGUCCUUCUAUGGGGAGGGCCUCGCUUUUUUCUUAGCCCCUUGGGGUUCCUUACUAAAACGAACACUAGGAAAAGGUAGCAGUCUCGGCCUCCCUGUCAACAGCUCGGUGGAGAACGUUAUUGAGCCGAGCAAUGACUACCCUUUUGUGGCGGUGGAGUUUGAUACCUAUCGGAAUUCAGGGCCAACGGUGAAGGAUCCGGAUGGCAAUCAUGUAGGUAUUGACAUCAACUGUCUGAAGUCUAAUAUUACCAGGGCUUGGAAUGGUGGUAUUGUUGAAGCAAAACUAAAUCGUGCUUGGAUUAGUUAUAAUUCAAGCUCGAAAAAUCUUAGUGUUGCCUUCACGACUUUCAAUGAUGAUACCCAAGAACAAAAGAUCAGUUAUCUUAGUUACAUGGUUGAUCUGAAUAAAUACUUGCCGGAUUGGGUCAUUGUUGGCUUCUCAGCUUCAAGUUCAACAGGUGCUGGUUCUGCUCUGCAUAACAUCAUCUCAUGGAAUUUUACUUCUACUGAACUUGUUGAUAAUGAAGUUCUAGCUCUUUCUGGCCGAGAAGAAAUAAUAUUUGAAACUCCAGUUCCGUACCCAAGCCCUAGUUCUAAAGUCAAGGCAAGAAAACGCAAGAAACCACUAGCUGUCGUGAUCGGUAGUAGUAUUGGUGGAUUUAUCUUGGUUUGUUUCUUAGGUUUGGGCUUGUACAACUCGUGCAAGAAAAAGGCAACAAGAACAACUGAUGGAAAUCUUAAGUACUUGAGUCAAUUUUUCGAAGGGAAAUCCCUGAAGAGGUUUCCAUACAAGGAGUUGGUAUUGGCGACAAGAAAUUUUUUUGAGGGAGAAAAGCUUGGGGAGGGAGGAUCUGGUGUGGUUUACAAAGGCUACAUCACAUACUUGAACUCAUAUGUUGCUGUUAAGAAGAUAUCAAGGGGACCUAAACAUGGGAUUGAUGAGUAUGCACCACAACUACAGAAAAUCAGUCGAUGUAUGCAUCGGAAUCUAGUGCAACUCAUUGGCUGGUGCCAUGAAAAAGGAGAACUCCUACUUGUCUAUGAGUUCAUGCCCAACGGCAGCUUAGAUUCUCAUUUGCUCAAAGCAGAAAGCUUAUUAUCUUGGGAGUUAAGGUACAAAAUUGUUCAAGGCUUGGCUUCGGGAUUGCUCUAUCUACAUGAACAACCUCUGUUGCACGGGAAUAUCAAAUCAAGCAAUGUUGUGGUGGAUUCUGAUUUCAACGCAAAACUUGGGGAUUUCGGGUUUCGCAAUGGAAAAGAGCCACAGAUGAUAACCACAGGCUACAUGGCUCCUGAAUAUAUUGACACUAGACAGUUAAGCAAGAAAUCAGACGUCUUCAGCUUCGGAAUUGUUGCUUUGGAGAUUUCCUGCGGAAGAAAGCUCAUCGAUCCAAAAUUUGGAGGUAGUCAAGUCAAUAUGGUAGAGUAGCUUUAUGGAGAAGGUAAAGUCUUUGAAGCAGCUGACGCAUAAUUGUGUGGAGAUUUUGAUGAGAAACAAAUGGAGUGUUUGUUGAUUGUUGGGUUGUGGUGUGCUCAUCCAAAUUACAAUUCCAGACCUUCAAUACAGCAAGUGAUUCAAACGCUUAACUUUGAAGUUGCAGCGCCCAUUCAACCAUCAAAGAUGCGAACUACUACUUCUCCUCUCACAAUAUCAGUUUCAGGUUCGUCUUCUAGUAUUGGUUCUGAAAGA